CUCUCUUUCUCUCUCUCUCUCUCUCCAGAGGUAUCAGUCUCUCUCUCUCUCUCUCUCUCCAGAGGUAUCAGUCUCUCUCCAGUAUCAGUGUAUCUUCAGACUUACCCAGCAUCGUUGUCCGUCCUCUUCAGUCCUUUGGAGAUGUGAGUAAGACUGUGUCUGAACUGAGAGAGAAACUAGAAGACUUCCUUAAAGGAGAAUGGACCAAGAUCUCUACUACAGUGAAUAUAAUGGAUGUUGUACUGCCUCCAGAGCCCAAGACCAGAGAACAGUUGUUACAAUAUUCCUGUCAGCUCACACUGGACCCAAACACAGCAGGCACAGACCUCUCUCUGUCUGAAGGGAACAGAAAGGUGACCUGUACAGGCCAAGUCCAACCAUAUCCUGACCAUCCAGACAGAUUCACCUACUGGUACCAGGUUCUGUGUAGAGAGGGUCUGUCUGGACGCUGUUACUGGGAGGUGGAGUGGACUGGUGAUGUUGAUACAGCAGUCUCAUAUAAAGACAUCAGCAGAACAGAGAGAGAUGGUGGAUUUGGAUACAAUAACAAGUCCUGGAGUUUAGAGUGCUAUAGUGGUGGUUAUUGUUUCAGACACAAUAAUGUUGUGACUAAAGUAUCAGGCCCUCAGUCCUCCAGAGUAGGAGUGUACCUGGAUCACAAGGCAGGUACUCUGUCCUUCUACAGUGUCUCUGACACAAUGACCCUCCUCCACAGAGUCCAGACCACAUUCACUCAGCCCCUCUAUCCUGGAUUUAGGCUCAAUUGGUUUUAUGUCUCUGGUUCUGCUGAGCUGGUUAAACUGUAGUAGGGUCCACAUAGAUACUAGUCAUGCUGGUGUAGUCUAUAGCUGAGCUGGUUAAACUGUAGUAGGGUCCACAUAGAUACUAGUCAUGCUGGUGUAGUCUAUAGCUGAGCUGGUUAAACUGUAGUAGGGUCCACAUAGAUACUAGUCAUGCUGGUGUAGUCUAUAGCUGAGCUGGUUAAACUGUAGUAGGGUCCACAUAGAUACUAGUCAUGCUGGUGUAGUCUAUAGCUGAGCUGGUUAAACUGGAAACUGAUUUGUUAUUAAUUAAAAUUCAAUACAAUGUUUUAAUCUUGUACAUUUCCAUGAAUCAUGAUGUCUGGUGUUGAUGUAUAUUGGUUGUCAUUCAGAACCAUUGAUAUGUUUUCUCAGUUGGUUCUCUGUCUCUCUGUAAUUCUCCUCAGUAUCAUUGAUCAGCUUGUUGGCUCGGUCCUAAUUGAUGUGUUCUCUGUCACCUGGAGCUGCAUGGAAAAUGGUCCAGGAACUAAAGGACAAUUCAGGACUAGUCAGCCCACUACAAGCUGGUAUCACUUACUUUCUACUAAACUAUAUGGUCUGGUUUCCCAGACACAGAUUAAUCCUAGUCCUGGACUAAACAGUAUGUUCAAUGUAGAUGUCCAGGAAACCGGCCCUAAAUGUGUCAUCCUCCCAUUCUGCUCAGUCCAGCAACAUUAAACCUGUCCAGCAGGUGGUGCUGUUGACCAAACAAUAAAACCAGCAGAUAUCUUGACUUGCCACUCAGUAUAUCAGUAAUGUUCAGAAUAGUACUUUAAUAUCAUUGGAGAUUGAUGGUCUUUUUAAUCCACUAUCCAGAGUCAGGAACAGAUGAAGUUAGGUCUGCUACUGUUCAGUGAUUAAAUAUGAUUUAUGGUGAUGGGAAAUAAUAAAAAACACUCAACUUCAUCUAG